AUGGGUUCGUGCAAUGGGUUGUUAUGUUUUUCGCAGUCAAGGUUUAAGAUUCGUUACAGAGACCACAUAUACCUGUUGAAUAGAGGCACUAGAGAAUUCAAGGAACUUUCAUAUGCUCCCUGCAGUAAUUACAAUGCUCCUCUGGUCGGACUAGGGUUUGAUCCCAUGAGUAAAGACUACAAAUUUUUUAAGAUUGGAUACUAUAAUAGGCUUGGAGAUAAACCCACAAUUUUGCAAACCGAUGUCUGGUUGUACUCGUUGAAUUCAAAUAAUUGGAGAAAAUUUGGAGAUAUCCCAAUCCCAGACCUAUAUUUUCUUGAUUCAUCAACGCCAGUUGUAAAUGCUACUAUUCAUUGGAUGAUAUCUCGGAAGAACAGUUUAGGUUCUUUAUCGUCCUCGAUCUUUUCUCUUGAAGUAGUAGAUGAGGUGUUUAGAGAGUUACCGCAACCUCCUGAACAUGGUUGUUAUAGAGAUAUUGCAGUGAUGGGAGGAUGCCUUUCUGUUUUCUAUGAAGGAGGUCAUGACUCAACUGAGAUAUGGGUGAUGAAGGAAUCGUCUUCCCCAAACCUAUUCUCUGACUCCCUUGUGAGCUUCGCUUUGCUUCUUGAAGAUGAUUGGACACCUUGA